AUGUCGUCUGAGCCCAAGUCUGGUGACUUCACCGCCUCACCUUUAGCGGAGCAGCCCGACGUUGUCCCCGCGACCGCCCGGGACCUGGAAGGCCAAGUUGACGGAGACGGCGAUGAAGAGAAGGAUUCCAUAUCAGCAUUCAAAGCGCUAGGAUGGCUCGACCGCUUCCUCGCCCUAUGGAUCUUCCUUGCCAUGGCAAUUGGCAUCAUCCUCGGCAACUUCGUACCCUCGACCGGACCCGCGUUACAAAAGGGAAAAUUUGUCGGCGUGUCGGUGCCAAUUGCCGUUGGCCUCCUAGUCAUGAUGUACCCGAUCCUAUGCAAGGUCCGAUACGAGUCGCUCCACAAGCUUCUCGCCCAGCGCUCUAUGUGGAAGCAGAUACUCUUCAGCGUCGUUGUAAACUGGGUUGUAGCCCCGUUCCUGAUGCUUGGUCUUGCGUGGGCAUUCCUUCCAGACAAAAGUGAUUUGCGUUCCGGCCUGAUCCUUGUCGGCCUCGGACGAUGCAUCGCCAUGGUGCUCAUCUGGAACGGCCUAGCUGGCGGCGACAACGAAUACUGCGCCAUCCUUGUUGCAAUCAACUCGAUCCUGCAAAUGGUCCUCUUCGCCCCCCUCGCCGUCUUCUUCAUCCGCGUCAUUGGGGGCGAGACCGGGGUCAGAGACGUCUCGUACGAGGUUGUUGCUACAAGCGUUGGGGUGUUCCUGGGCAUUCCCCUAGCGGCCGCCAUCAUCACUCGCUUCGCGUUGCGAAUGACUGCCGGGCCAGCUUGGUACGAGCGCGUGUUCCUCCGAUUCGCAGCGCCCUGGUCUUUGAUCGGUCUGCUCUACACCAUCAUUGUUCUCUUCGCGUCCCAGGGCCGCCAGGUGGUCCACCAGGUGGUAUCUGUGGUUCGUGUUGCGGCGCCGCUUGUUGUCUACUUCAUCUCCAUCUUCUGCGUCACGCUCUUCAUCACCUAUCGCCUUGGCUUCAAGUAUCCGCUCGCUGUAACGCAGAGCUUCACCGCCUCCAGCAACAACUUUGAGCUGGCCAUCGCUGUUGCCGUUGCCACCUUCGGACCGGAUAGCGACCAGGCCCUUGCGUCCACUGUAGGACCACUAAUUGAAGUCCCGGUCCUCCUUGGCCUGGUAUACCUCAUGCGGUUCAUGCGGAAGAGAUGGGACUGGAAAGCUUGA